GUGUUCACAACCUAAAUUUGUGAGUGUUAAUGAAAUAAUUUAAUUUUUUCUCUAAAUAAUUUUGAGUAUUUUCUAUUGGAUGCAUUGUCCGACGCAUCAACUGUAAUCGCUGCCGCAUUUUCUCGGUUAAUACAGUGCUAACGUAAGGCGGCCGCCGCGCGCGCCGUUUAGUAAGUACCACAACACUUGGUCGACAACCGAGUGCAGUGAACUUCACAUCGAUUACGUCAGCGUGUGCAUAGCCGAACUGCCAGGGCGUUUUUGUUCGCCUAUAAUAUUACAAUAUAGAAUUUGUUGUUAUUGUUAUUGUGGUUCUAUUGUUUUAAUAUUAUUUUGUUUAUUAAUAUAAAUUUUAAAUUCGGAGAGUGCGUGCAUUUGAGACGAAAGCCGUUUUCACUCAACUGAUAUUGAAAAUAUAUUGAGCAUAAUCGCUGAUACUGACUGAAAUUAAGAGAAAUAAGAACCUCUAAGGUUUGUCUUAUCGUUGAAUUUUUAUAAAUUUUAUUCAAAAUUCCGGUCCCUACGAAGAAUUGUGCCUUUUCCGGCCGAAACGACGACGGCAGAAUGAACACGACAAAAAGAAAAAGUCGCGCCAAUACAAACAGCAGCACAGUUGCUGGAUCUAGGCCUCCUCGAACCAGGGCUUCAUCAUCUGGAGGAAAUGGAGUAAAUACUCAAGUAUCAGGUGCUGAUGGAAUAUAUUUAAACGAAACAUUUAUGCAUCGUGUUACAAGUUUAAUAGGACUUGAAGUUGAAAUAUCUACUCAUUCUAAAGAAAUGUAUUCUGGUAUAUUGCGUACAUUUUCUAGCAAUUUUGAUGUUGUAUUGGAAUUACCACACAGGACUGAUCCUCCUCCUUCUAGCCAAACUGUAGGUUUACAAAUAAUAGCUGACAAAAUGAUAUUUAAAUUUGACAGUAUAGUGAAAAUUACUGCACAUGACACAGACUUAGAUAGUAUGACUCGAAAUACAUUCCAAACUGAUACUACAAUUAGUAAAUAUAAUGGCCAACCUUUAGGAGAAAAAGUGUUAGAAAUGUGGGAACCACCAACUAUUAAUGGUGAUCUUGAAGAAUUUGAUUUAAAUUCUGGUAGUAGCAAUAUAAAUGGUUGGGAUGCUGAUGAUAUGUUUAGACGCAAUGAGCAGGAACAUGGAGUCACAUCUACUUUUGAUCAAAAUUUAAGUGGAUAUACUACAGAGCUACGAACAGAUAUGUCAAAUUUCAAAAAUGAGGAAGCAAAAGCUGCUAGAUUAGCUCGAGAAAUUGAAAGUAAUCCAAGUUCUCAAAAUAGAGCUAAUUUAGAAAAUGGAGAUGAAGAAGAAAGAUUUGCUGCUGUAUCGAGAUCUACUAAUGAUGUGUCUAAUAAUCAUAAUGAUAGCAAGUAUUCAUCUGGUCGUCGUAAACCAGGCUCUCAACAGUCAGCAAAUGCUUAUGGUUUGUUUAAUAGAAAUCGUAAACAUCCAGAAAAGUAUCCUAAUAAUGCAUCUAAUGAACGGUGGGAGUGUGUGACUAGUUCAGGAACAAAAAAUAGUAAUCAGAAUCGAAGUCAUAAUCAUCAACAAAAUGGUAAUAGCAACACUGUCAAUAAAUCUACUGGAUCUACAUACCAUAACAAUGCCAAUCAAUCGUAUUCAUCUAGUAAUAGUCGAGAACCAUCUGUGAAUGGUCAAACAGACAAACGUUCUUCAGCAUCCACUAGCAACCGAAGAGAUACCCCACAGUCUUCAUCUAAUUCUAGACAUGCAACUGGUCGAAAUAAUUACAAUUCAAAUGACAAUCAAUCAUUACCUUCUUCUUCACGAACUUCACCUACUACUGUCCAAGGACAUAAUCAAACUAGUAAUGUGGCUUCUUCUCGCUAUCAAACUUCAACAUAUACACAGCAAACCAAUACAACAAAUACAAGAACAAAUAUCAGUACAUCAUAUGCUGCUGCAGCUGAUAAACCUAUGACUAAAGCUCAACCACCUCCUCCACCUAUAAGAGUAAGAGAUGAAAGUCUUACUUCUGAGUUGAAAAAGUUUAGUACUGAUUUCAACUUAUCAACGGCACCAACCCAAAGUGAUCUUCGAGUGUCUUCCCCAGGCAUACCCACUGUGUCUGAAAAUUCUAAACAACAUUCUGCUCAAAUAUCACAUUCCGAACCAUCUCAGUCAUCACAGGAAGUACCACAACUCCCUAAAGUAACUGAAUCUCCAUCUUCUCAACAAGUAUAUAAGUCUCAACCAGAAGGACAAGUAGAAAAUAAUACAGAUAGUGUUAAGAAAGAUUCAAAUGAAAUAUCAUCAGAAGAAAAUUCUAGCCAAUCAUCUGAUAAAAUUGUUAUACAAACAUCUAAGCUCAAUCCUAAUGCUAAAGAAUUUGUAUUUAAUCCUAAUACAAAACCUUUUAUUCCUAGAUCACCAAGUACUCCAAAUUCUUCAAGGCCGAUGACACCUCAAACGCCUACAACAAAUAUUGUAGCUACAUCUGGGUCCCAUCAACAAAUGAUUCAAGCACAACAUGGACCUGCAAUUGCAAUUCCUGCAGCAUAUCACCACCAUCAUCACCAUACUGCACCUGGAAGUGGACCAAUGGUUACGCAUCAACCUCCACCCCAUCCUCAUCCAGCAUUUACAAUGUUACCAACUGUAUUUGUAACAUCAAAUUCUGCUUUCAAUCAUCAUCCUCAUUCGAUGCCUCCUCAACCUCCAAAUCAAGCUGGAAGAUUCCGUAAAAUGACAGUUGGAAUGUCGCAUAGAGGUGAUAUAGCUUCUCAAAUACAAGUUGCUGCUGCAACAGGGCAACCUCUUUUGGCUCCAGCACCUAUUCAAGCUCAAUUUGCUGUUCCUGGAUAUAGCCCACAACCAAUGCCUACACCACAAGCUUAUCAACAAGUUCAGAUGGUUCGUAUGGUACCUCAACAAGGAGGAGGUAUGAUGCCUGCUUUAGUACCAACUUCAAUUAGCUACCAUCCGACUAAUGCUGGUCAAAUUGGUCAGAUGGAUAAUGGAGUACCUCAAGGACCACCUUAUCACCACCACCAUCAUCAUCAGGCAUCCCAGCAUCAUAUGAUGAAUCAACAACAAAAUGCCCAAUCCCCUGCACCUCAACCUGUGCCACCUCAAACACCAGGCCAAUCUCAGACCCCAGUUAAUUUCCAGCAGCCUCCACCGCAACAAUCACAACCACCUCCAUUUCCUGCAGGUACCACUAUAAUGUGUCCAAUUCUACCAACACCAACAGGGUCACAACAACCUCCAGCCCCUAAUACACCUGGAUCAGCACCUUCAAUGCAACCACCACCUCCACAGCAGCAACAUCCUCAGCAGUAUAUUUCUCAUCCACACCCGCAUCAUCAAACAACACCAGCUCCCACACAACAUGGGCAGUACCAUAUUUAUUCAACCAUACGGGAGUCAUGAGAUAUAGUUAACUCAUUAGAUCCUAGUCCACGUUUAGUAAAAGCAAUAAAUAAUUAUUCGGCGUUUUCCAAAUCUUGCAAAUCCAUUGCCAAUUCAAUUCAAAAAUCUUGAUCGACCUCCAUCUUCAAGGUUAAAAAUCGCCAACAUUAACAUAUUGAUAAACACGAGUUAGCUUAGCUAAAUGUUGUUCAGUAUCUGUUAUAAUUUAUUUAUUAUUAUUAUUAUUAUUAUUAUUAUUUUUUCGUUCUUUUUAAAUGAUUAUUAUUAUCUUUAUUAUAUUUUUCAUUGAAUCCUUCUAAGGUGAACAUCAAUUGUUUGUUAUGCCAAUUUAAAAAAAGAAAUUAGAAAAAUGUAAUUCAUAUAUAAAUAUAUGUAAUAUUAUACCUUCAUAUUGUGACCCAAAAUGAAAGUUCCAGAUUUCAUUCGUUUUUAAAUGUGACAUUUUUCAAUUGCAAAAAUGUUAAAUGUAAUGCAACCAUUUUUACUUUUAAGAAUAGUUAAGCAAUUACAUUAUUAGCCGUAUUAUAUUCUACGACUGAUUUUUAUUUAUAAAAAAAAAUUGUCACUAGAAGUAUAAUAAGGAACUGAUAAUAAAAUUUGUAAGUGAAGAAUUGUCAGUUAGCUGAGGAUUUCUUUUAUCUUUGGUUCGCUGACAACUCAUUACAAAGUAAAUGAUUUGUACUGUGAUUUUUUCUUCUUUCAGUUUUUUUUCAAGUUGUUAAAAUAUUUUUAUAAAAAAUUUCCUUUAUGGUAUUUGAGUUAUUCAACUCAUUUAUUUAAUUUUAACAAAUUUUUGUAGAUUAGCUGCAGUGUAAAUAAAUUUAAUAAAAUUAUUAAUAUGCAAAUUCUUUUUAUAAGCAUUAUUAAGUAUAUAAUUUUUUCAAUAAUAUUAUUAAAAUUGUUGAUGCUGCAGUUAAUUGAAAACUUCUGAAAUAAAAAUCUAUUGGCAAUAAAAUAAAAAAAAAUAAAAAAUACAAUUGUUAAAUGCUGUGAGACCUUGUUAAAGUUUUAUAUUAAAGUCUUAUUUUGUAUAUUUUGUAAUGCCACAUUCAGUAAAUAAAUAUUAAAACUGUCUCCCGAUAUAAA